AGAAGUUGCAACGGGCCCAGUCUGAGCUGGAGUGACUUGUUUCCGCGUCGCAGAGGGAGGUUAAGAGGUGAGGCCAAAUAGGGUGGGCAGGAACCGGCUGGCUUAAGGACCAUAUUAGACCACUUAUGUGUCCCAGAUCCCGAGAGAUACAGACAACUCUGGGCCAAGCGCAGGGUUCGUUAAGUGAGAUCUCCCUGGGAAUCCCGCUGUCUAUUAGGCCUCCAAGUCCCGCGGCCAGCAGGGUGGAGGGGAGGUGUCUCUCAAGACUGUAGGUAGGCGAGAGGGGACACUGAGAGAGGAACUCCCAAACCUAUGAACAGACAGCUAGAUAAAUACAGUUCCCGCCGGAAAUGGACAGAGAUCCACGGAAAGCAAGACAGAGCCACAGAGACCGAGACCAAUGGAUGCUAAGGCGGACUCGGAGCGAUGGACCCGUCCGCGCCCGGGAACCGGCCGCAGCGGAAGGAAGCACGAAUAGCAGCGCAUUCCCGGGGAGUCUCUACCAGGGGAUGGGCGGCUGCAGCCGGGCUUUGGAGCGCAGAAACGGGACUCCACUCGGAUUUCUCACCUCUCCGAGGCCGGAGGCUGCGAACGCCGAGUUCGCGCCUCAUGAUCCCUUUGCUGCUUGAGUCGGAAGCCGUCGCGCCCCAGCGGGCCCUCUCGGGGCGGUGCAGUCCCGGCGUCUCAGAGCCGCACUCGCGUCCCAACCACGUCUGGGCUCCGGCGGCCUGGGCGAGGAUGGAUGUGGGUUGUCGCCUCUUCUACCAGUUCUGGCGGGCGCCCGCGCAAGCCUUAACUUCCAGAGGCUGGGCUCACUAAACCGGCGGUCCCAGGCUGCCUAGGGUUUGCGGGAGCCCCGGGAAGAAGAGAACCUUCCUUUAGCCACCCGAGCCGAGCUCCCGGCGCGGCGGCGGUUUGCUCCCGCCGGGCCCCGAGCAGAGUUUCUGGGCCAGACUCCCCAGCCCCGCCCCACCCCGCCCCGGGAGCUCCGCCCCGGGCCCAAGGCUCUUCCGCCUUAGGCAGCCGCUGGGCGGGAGGGACUAAUCCCUAGCACCCCCUCUCAUUCCCGGGGGUCGGGAGCCCAGACCUGUCCGGAUAAGGGGUGGUCUGAGCCCCUUUUGCCUGCGGGCAGAGCGCAGGUCUCACCUCUGGCUUCCUGGACAGCGGAGGGAGCCGGGUGCGCACUGUGGCGAGGAGCGGCGGAGCCAGGCCACCAGGGGGCGCUGCGGAUCUGGGGGACACCCCUCCCUGUCUGCCUCCGUCCCCCGCCCCCUCCCCGCCCGCGCGCAAAACACACUCGCCCCAGAGGCAGCGCGGCCGAGCGGGAGCCGCGGCCCGAGCGGAGCCGGAGAUAGGCGGCGGCGGCGGCACCAUGACCCUGGGCAGCUGCUGCUGCGAGAUCAUGUCCUCCGAGAGCUCCCCGGCCGCGCUGUCCGAGGCGGACGCGGACAUAGACGUGGUGGGCGGCGGCAGCGGUGGGGGGGAGCUCCCAGCCCGCUCCGGGCCCCGCGCCCCCCGGGACGCGCUCCCCCAAGGCCACGAGCCUCCCCCGGAGGAAGUCGAGGCGGACGUAGCGGAGGACGAGGAGUCGGGAGGCUGCUUGGAUGGCGAGCCCCGCGCUCUAGCGCCCCGGGGGGCGGCGGCCGCCGCGGGAAGCCCAGGGCCGGGCGCAGCCGCUGCUCGGGGCGCGGCGGGGCCGGGGCCGGGACCGCCGUCGGGCGGCGCGACGAGCCGCAGCCCGCUGGUGAAGCCGCCGUACUCGUACAUCGCGCUCAUCACCAUGGCCAUCCUGCAGAGCCCCAAGAAGCGCCUGACGCUGAGCGAGAUCUGCGAGUUCAUCAGCGGCCGCUUCCCCUACUACCGGGAGAAGUUCCCCGCCUGGCAGAACAGCAUCCGCCACAAUCUGUCGCUCAACGACUGCUUCGUCAAGAUCCCUCGUGAGCCGGGCAACCCGGGCAAGGGCAACUACUGGACGCUCGAUCCGGAGUCUGCCGACAUGUUCGACAACGGCAGCUUCCUGCGGCGCCGCAAGCGCUUCAAGCGGCAGCCGCUCCCGCCGCCGCACCCGCACCCGCACCCGCACCCGGAGCUGCUGCUGCGCGGCGGGGCUGCGGCGGCCGGCGACCCCGGCGCCUUCCUACCUGGCUUCGCCGCCUACGGCGCUUAUGGCUACGGCUACGGGCUGGCGCUCCCGGCCUACGGCGCACCCCCACCGGGGCCAGCGCCGCAUCCGCACCCGCACCCGCACGCCUUCGCCUUCGCCGCCGCCGCCGCCGCCGCGCCUUGCCAGCUGUCGGUUCCUGCGGGCCGUGCCGCCGCGCCUCCACCUGGACCUCCGACGGCUUCGGUGUUCGCGGGCGCAGCUUCGGCCCCGGCCCCUGCGCCGGCACCAGGUUCGGGCCCAGGCCCCGCAGGCCUGCCCGCGUUCCUCGGCGCCGAGCUGGGCUGUGCCAAAGCGUUCUACCCUGCGUCCCUCAGCCCUCCCGAAGCUGGCACGGCGGCUGGGCUGUCCACGGCACUCCUGCGCCAGGGCCUCAAGACGGACGCAGGCGGGGGCGCCGGGGGUGCGGGUGCGGGGGCAGGGCAUAGGCCUUCCUUCUCUAUAGACCACAUCAUGGGCCACGGCGGUGGCGGGGCAGCACCCCCGGGCAGCGGCGGUGAGGGCUCCCCGGGAUCGCCGUUCUCCGCAGCCGCGCGACCUGGGGGUCAAACCCAGGUUUUGGCCAUGCUGACUGCCCCAGCUCUGGCGCCGGUGGCGGGCCACAUCCGUCUCUCGCACCCCGGGGACGCGCUCGUGUCCUCAGGGCCCUCUUUCGCCAGCAAAGUCGCAGGCCUCAGUGGCUGCCACUUCUGACUGCAGCGGGCUCAGGCCCCACUCCCCAGCCUCUCCCGGAAGCUCCUGUGGUCCCAGCGGAACUCAGGGAGUGUAUUUAUGAAGACUCUCCAGACUUGGGCUGGCGAGUAGCUUGUCACCUAAGGCUUCACGCUCAGAAUCUCCCCGGAGUUGGGACGAAGCGGGCUCUAGCUCAGGGCAAGGCCCUCGUCUAUGGGAAGAAGUCCCGCGCUAAGAUCCCAACUGGGUUUGAGUAGUAAAAGAGGGGAGGAAGAAUCUUCACUUUUUCCCAGUCUCUGCGCCCGCUGGGCUGGGCGCCCUGGAAGAACACUUUCCCGGCAGAUACCCCUGCCCAAGCCCUGCAGAUUCCGCCAGAAACACCAAAGGCGCUGAAAGUUUUCCCUUUCUUCUUCUCUCCCUCGUUCUUUCAACUUUGAGACCCGGGCCUGUCUGAUACUAUAAUUUAAAGACAUUUGUUAAUCUGCUUUGUGCUUUAAAAAUUCGAUCUUUUUGUUUUGUUUUUCUCUAAGGAAGGUCGUUCCCUUUGAAACCUAAAGCAGUGUCUACACGGCAAAGCCGAAAGGAUAGGUGAAGCGGGGGCUUCCACAAUCCUUGCAGAAACCCCAGAGCCCAUGCCACUGAAGAAAACCUUUUCCUUUCAUAUUGGGGUGCUUUUAAAGAAACCUCCCUUCUUUCCUGUGGGCCUGCCGUGCUUGGCCCCAGGCCUUCCUCUCCAGGCCCUGCCGUAUUUAUUGUAGUUAAAAGCAAUUCGUGUGGCAGCAGAGGGUCUAGGGCAGGGACUGGAGAGGUGAGGGAGGGUGGCCAAGGGCACUGAGCUGCGACUGGGGUCCUGUAAUUAUGUGUAAAUAUCUGUACAGCAGGCUGCUCCCUGCAUUCUGUGUCCACUGGUGUGCAUUGAUUUAGACUUGUCUACUUAGGGGGAGACUGAAAUUGUCCAAUAGUUUGUGUGGAAGAAAAGAAAAAUCUGUCUCUCCCCCCCUUCCUCAUUGGUGUCAAUCGAAUAAAUGUAUGUGAACUUCAGCA